AUGCUGCGAAUCCUCUGCCUCCACGGAUACACCCAGAACGCUUCCGUCCUCCGCAAACGGACAGGCGUCCUGCGCAAGGACCUGAAGAGCCUUGCCGAGCUCGUGUACGUCUCUGCUCCGUUCGAGGUUGCCCAAGCUCCUUCGUUCAAUCCGCAGGUAUUCCGGCCUCCACCCACUGAAGACGAGAAGCAGUGCACCUGGUGGAGGGCCAAUUCUGAGGGUACCUUCUACGAGGGAUAUGAGGAAACCAUCGAGUAUUUGAAAUCGUUCUGGCAGGAGCAUGGCCCCUUUGACGGCAUCUUGGGAUUCAGUCAAGGCGCUGCGCUGGUGCCCUUGAUAUCGUACGAGCUCCUGCAGGCUGGUCUCGCUCCCCGAUUUGUGGUCAUAUUCUCAGGGUUUCGAUCGCGCUCGACGCAGCACCAGCAGAUGCUCGUCGAGCACAGCAUCUCGAUCCCGUCGCUGCAUGUCAUUGGCAAGAGCGACGCCCUGAUUGUCCCGUCGCGAUCGGAGGAGCUCUCUCGGGUGUUCCAUGACCCCAAGGUCGUCUUUCACGAGGGCGGUCACUUUAUUCCCACGGAUGCCGACCAGAGAGCCAUCUACAAGGAAUUCAUCGGCCAGUUUGCCACCAAGAGUUUGCUGUGA